GAUUUGUGAAGAGAAGACGUCCAUUUUGUUUCAGAGCAAAAACAACCGCCCCGUGCGCACGAGCCAGCUCUACGCGCAGGAUGAGAACGCCGCCCACACCCAGCUGUACACAAACCACUUUGAGCUAAUGAAGACCACUGCUGGCAAGAGAAGCCCCCCCAUCAAGCCCCUGCUCGGCAUGAACCCCUUCCAGAAGAACCCCAAGCACGCCUCUGUGCUGUCGGAAAGUGGGAUCAACUACGACAAGCCGCUGCCUCCCAUUCAGGUUGCAUCUCUGCGUGCAGAGCGGAUUGCCAAAGAGAAAAAGGCCCUGGCUGACCAGCAGAAGGCGCAGCAGCCAGCCGUGGCUCAGCCCCCUCCCCCGCAGCAGCAGCAGCCCCCACCGCCACCUCAGCAGCCACCACCACCACUGCCACAGCCACAGACCACGGGCAGCCAGCCGCCAGCAGGACCGCCAACUGUGCAGCCUCAGGCCCAGGCCCCGGCCCCAGCACAGCCACAGCCUGUGCAGGCUCCGCCAAAGGGGCAGCCUGCCAUCACCACCGUGGGCAGCGCUGCAGUGCUGGCAGGAACCAUUAAGACGUCAGUGACAGGAACAAGCAUGCCAACUGGCACCGUGAGUGGAAAUGUGAUAGUGAAUACCAUUGCGGGUGUCCCUGCAGCCACCUUCCAGUCCAUCAACAAGCGCCUCGCCUCGCCUGUGGCUCCUGCUGCCUUGCCUGCAACUGGAGGUUCUGCUCCUGCCCAGGUGGUUCACACCCAGCCACGAGCAGUUGGCUCCCCAGCCACAGCCACCACCGACCUGGUAUCCAUGACAACAACUCAGGGUGUUCGAGCUGUCACUUCAGUGACAGCCUCAGCUGUGGUCACCACCAACCUGACCCCGGUGCAGACCCCAGCACGGUCUCUGGUGACGCAGGUGUCCCAAGCCACAGGGGUCCAGCUUCCAGGAAAGACCAUCACGCCGGCACAUUUCCAGCUCCUGAGGCAGCAGCAGCAGCAGCAGCAGCAGCAGCAGCAGCAAGCCUCCCAGGUGCAGGUUCCGCAGAUGCAGGGCCAGGCCCAGUCCCCUGCUCAGAUCAAAGCCGUGGGCAAAGUGGCGCCGGAACACAUCAUCAAAAUGCAGAAGCAGAAGCUGCAGCUGCCCCCGCAGCCCCCACCACCGCAGGCCCAGCCAGGGCCCCCCCAGCCCCCAGCCCAGGUGCAAGUGCAGCCGCCACAGCCCCCACAGCAGCAGAGCCCGCAGCUCACCACAGUCACGGCUCCACGGCCCGGAGCGCUGCUCACGGGCACCACGGUGGCCAACCUCCAGGUGGCCCGGCUUACCCGGGUUCCCACUUCUCAGCUGCAGGCGCAAGGGCAGAUGCAGACCCAGACGCCCCAGCCGGCCCAGGUGGCCUUGGCGAAGCCGCCGGUGGUGUCCGUCCCAGCGGCCGUGGUCUCCUCGCCGGGAGUCACCACCCUGCCCAUGAACGUGGCAGGCAUCAGCGUGGCCAUCGGGCAGCCGCAGAAAGCAGCAGGGCAGACCGUCGUGGCGCAGCCCGUGCACGUGCAGCAGCUGCUGAAGCUCAAGCAGCAGGCCGUCCAGCAGCAGAAGGCCCUCCAGCCCCAGGUUGCCCAGGGCCCAGCCGCCGUCCAGCAGAAGAUAACAGCACAGCAGAUUGCUGCCCAGGGCCCACAGCAGAAGGUCACCUACGCCACCCAGCCAGCCCUGAAAACCCAGUUUCUCACCACACCCAUCUCUCAGGCACAGAAACUGGCCGGGACUCAGCAGGUGCAGACCCAGAUCCAGGUUGCAAAGCUUCCUCAAGUUGUGCAGCAGCAGAGCCCCGUGGCCGGCAUCCAGCAGGUGGCCUCCGCUUCCCAGCAGGCUUCUCCGCAGACGGUGACGCUGACACAGGCGACGGCGGCAGGGCAGCAGGUGCAGAUGAUCCCUGCGGUGACGGCGACGGCCCAGGUGGUCCAGCAGAAGCUCAUCCAGCAGCAGGUGGUGACCCCUGCGUCAGCCCCGCUUCAGACACCUGGUGGCCCGAGCCCCGCGCAGGUUCCGGCGGGUUCCGACAGCCCGAGUCAGCAACCCAAGCUGCACAUGCGGGUCCCCGCGGUCAGGCUGAAGACGCCCACCAAGCCGCCGUGCCAGUAGUUGGAGGAGCGGGCGCUCGCGUCUGUGGGAGACGCUGCUGCGUGAGAUGCGUGCGCCCCGGGAGCUGUCCCUGAGGCAGCGGCGGGGUCGCCCCCGCGGGAAUUUGGCCCUCCCUGGCCCGCUGGCCCGCCUGCUGGUCUCCCUUGUCACUUUCUCCUCCAGAGCAGCAGGCUGGGCUUGGAGAGCCACGUCGAUUCCUCUGUAGUGCGCAGAGCUCCGCCCGUGCAGAGCCGCGAAGGAGUCCCCGGUGGUGUCUGCCACGUCCCGUCUUCGGCCACCUCAGGGGACAGGCGUCUGCAGGCAGCACCCGCGGUCGGCUCCCCCUUCCGAGGGAGAGCAGCCAUGGUUUGCUUUGACGGGACGCACUGAGUCUGUGCACACGUGACACGCCCAGCUUGCGUCCGAGGGAGAUGCCCAGUGGGGCCUCCCCGGUCCCACAGCCAGUGUGAUUUGUUUUCGUUUAAAGGAAACUCGGCGCGUUCAUGACGGGCCCUGGCUUUGGAUAAAGCUCUAGGUCCUGGGUGUGCCCAGCGUCCCCCAGCACACGGGCAGCCUUGUGCUCCUGUUCCAGUCGCACGCUGUGAGGUGCAGAGUGAGCCUCACAGGCUCCCCUGCUCCUCACUGGGACGAGGCCUGGUGUGGGGCCUCGAGUAGCUCCUCUGUGGAUAGCGUCCUGGGUGGGGCCACAGCGCGGCCCACCCGGGGCUGCGGCAUCCUCGGUGGUGGCAUCAGGUGUUUGCCACGGCGUCUCAGGCGUGGUUCUGCCAGCAUAAGUGGAGAAGUGCCUGGGCUGGUCGUGAAAGGGUUGCAAGACAGGGAGCACCUGCUUCUGUCUGCGCUUAGGCAGGGAGCAGACGUGGCAGCCUCCCUCCCUGGGCUCUCCCCAGGCAGACAGGGCCGUGUCCAGCUGACCUCGUGCUGAGCCGUUCCCGUUGUUGGUCCAGGAAGGUAGGUUCUGCUGAGCUUUUGGACGCCAAGUAUCAGGCCGCACACACUUCAAGAUUGCUGACUUUUUCAUCGCCUGGGCCCUGUCCUGACGUGCCCCUUGGGUGGCAUUGAGGAGGCUAUGUCCUCUGGGGUCCCCUCACCCUGCAGCCUGUGUUCCACUCCCUGCGAGCUGGCUUUUGAGUCCUUGAUGAGAAAUUUGGACAGACGUAAAGAUGAGAUGCUGGAAGGAAGGGACUUAACAAACAGUGCGUGCAGCUUAGCACAGAACACGGGGACCCGUUCCCGUGGCCGGCCCUGCCCGUGCCGGUUUGGUCAGCACCGCGUCCCCGCCCUGUGAGCGUGCCCCUGCUGAGUGCACUGCGGUCACCUUCCACACAGCCAGCCCAGCACGGGCCUGCUGUCCCCUCUGGACGCCUGGGUGUGUGGUUCCCGAGAUGCUGCUGCUGACAAGGGCACUCCGCGUAGUCGCUCAGAUCCUCCUCCCAGUGUGCUGUUCUUGGCCUGUUUUAAAGGUUACCCUGCCCAGUUAUUUAAGAAGUAAGUGUGUGUGUGGGAAGUUGUCGUCUAGCCCUCCUCCCUGCAAGCCCACACCAUCUGUGAAUCGGAGGUUUUCAGGACGUGACACAAGGCGGCGGCCAGAGCACCGUCCGGACCUGGGUGGGCUCCGUGGGAAGCAGAGGCUUGGAGCCCUGGUGGAGGUCUGGGGCCUGAGCAGGGGUUUGCCCUUGUGUGUUCUAUGUUGUUGUUUUUGUUAAUUAUUGUAACUAGAUAGCUGUUGUGUUUUAAUCUCUAAAGGAACAGGACUGAAACUGUAAAUACUUUGUAAACAUGAGAGUUUGUACUUGAACAGUAGGAUUUUAAAAGGGCCCUGAUAUCCUGCCAAACAGAAGGCAUAAUA